GCUUAAGUUGAAAAUAGUCAUGCCAACACUUGUAAACCAAUCUCUCGGUCUUUGUUCUCAAAUGCGUAAGGAAUACACCGUGACGAGAAUCUCUCAGUAAUUUACAAUGUCAGUGGAGUGUACCAGUGAGUUUGAAUUUACUACGUGCGUUGCGAAUCUGUCCAGUGAUUAUGAUAAAUCGAUUGAUAAAUCAGUGAUGAACAACAAUGGAUAAAACAUUCCUAGUGAUUAUCCUCGUUAUUAGUUCAAUGGUCGUUAGUCCACAAUACACUGACGAUUCUGAUUACGACGAGUUUCCCAUCUACGAGGACUCGAACGAUGGAAUUCUGGAGUCCCAACGGCCCGACGAUUUCUAUAUAAUCCCCGAAGAUGAUGUUAAUGAUAAAAAAGUGGAGAUGUCCCCGAGGGAGCAUAAAGUCCAGGAGAAGAAAUAUCAGUACACGAAACACCGAAUUCCAGGGUACGACUAUGACGAAUUGGAUUUUAUGGAUGAAGGUAGUGUUAAGAGGUGUGAUGAAAGAUCUGUCUGGACUCAUUGCCUCUGUCAAUUCACUUGCAUCUCCAAAAAUACUGUGGACUGUUAUACACCGUGUGGGAGUGGGUGUGAGUGUAAGGAGGAUUUUGUUUUCGACGAAGAGAGUGGAACGUGCGUCUAUCCGGAUCAGUGUCUAGAUUUAAUACGAAUUUGAUGUGAAAAGUGAAUUAAUACUUUUUUAUUCUCGAUUCCUUCAGUUUGUUGAAGGAUGAUUUAAAUUUGUAAAAGGGGGGAAAACGAUUUAUCAAAGAAUAUCACAGGAUUUUUUACAAGAAUUCUUACCAAAGAAAAUUAUGAAGUUUUUCCGUCAAAUUGAUAAUAUUAACAAUAUAACUAAUAUUUUCUUCUGAAAAAUGUGAAGUGAACGAUUUGACGUUAAUAAUUAAUUGUUAAUAACUAAAAGGUCAUAAUGGAGCGUUCACAAUUUUUUUAAAUAAUCAUUCUCGAGAUAAUUCAGAAUUUCCUAUCACUCAUACGAAUUUAAUAGUUCAUUUACCUUCAAAUCCAUUAAUUUUGCUAUUCUUGUAAUAUGCGGUACAAAGUCUGACGAUAGAUUGUUGUUUUCUGCUUUGCCAACAGCUGCAUCGCCCACAAACGCCCACCGAUACCUAAAAAAUUGAUUAAAAAAUUUUGAAAUAUUUUUUAAUUGUCCUAAAUGGCAAGAAAAAAUUUUUUGGAAUUAUCUAUCUUUUAAUAAUUAUUUCACGUACAUUUGGAAUUGUGGAAGCUUGUGGGCUGGCAGUAGAAGUGCCAGAUCCAGUAAUUUGGCAGCUGCCAACUGCAAUUGCAACCAGUGUGGGUGCCCAUGGGCCUGGAGGCCGUUGUUGGCAUUGAUAGCCCACGAGGAGUCCAACGCUGACAGCAGUUUAAUAUGAGAACUAAGAAAAAAAUGGAAAAAAAAAAUUGUAAACGUUACUUCUACCUCUUGUUGAUUGUUGCUCUCAUUUAUAAUUAUUAAAUAAAUAAUGAUAUGAAGCAAACAGGGUCACACAAGCAAUUCGCUCUGUAAAACUUACGCUAUUGAUCCAUGUUAUUAAUUCCAAUUCAUUCAACAUCACUCAACCGUUGUGCCAUUUUUCUUUUAAAUUCUAAUUACCUGCUCUGACGACUGCCAUCCCCAACACCGCAGAUAUUUGCCAAAAACAGAUCCAUAAAACAAAACAUCACGUGAUUAAUUGUUUUUUUUUUCUUUGUUAAGGAUUGAUGAAGAACCGUAAAACAAACAGAUAAAAAAUAGUCUUUUAAAUUAUUGAGUUAUUGGAGGUGUACGAAUACCCAAGCAGAAAAAAGCUCUGAUAAGAAAAUAGGAAUGAUUGUUAACAGAUGAAUUAUUAUUUUAUAUUCAGUGAAGAGAUGAGGGGAAUUUUUUAAAGCGGGGUAACAGAAUUUUCUGGGCAGCUGAAAGUAAACUCAGGAGUCCAGUGGUAAAUCUUCGAUAAAUUCCAUCGAUAAUGCGAUUUCAAUGAGUCUUAGCUCAUUCCGAGGUCAAUAAAAAUACUUCAAAAUGAGCUUUUGAAAUUCACUCUGAAGAUGCAAAGUUACGGAAUAAUUGAACAAAAAAAUUGUGAUCUUUUUUUGGAAAUUUCUCCCAGAGAGAAAAAACGAAAUCGAAGAUUUUUCAAUGGUCUUCGCUACUCCAGACCUUCUACCAUAAACCCCAAGGAAAUUCAUUCAAUUACCUGAACUCCUCGCUGUCCGUGUUCAGCUGCUCCUCAAUAUGCAACAAAACUUGCACGAGUUCGCUGACAAUGACCGGCCAUAGGGAAGUCGCGUGAGAUGGGGACAUUCUCAAGAGAAGAACCCUGAAGCACAGAAAAACCUGUGCCUGAAUCGAAGGAACAACCUGAGGCAGUCGCAGACUAUCUGCCAGCCUCUCCUGGAUAUCCGGCAUGUACUUGUGAUACUGAUCAGUUUCACUGCAGAGUAUGACAAAUGCCAGUCUCUUGAGUAGUUGCGCUCUUUGCUCGUACUCCUGUUCCUUUGACGAAAAUAUACUGAUUCCUCCACCCUGAGCAAUGGACACUCGAUUCAUCAAGUCCCUGAAUGUUGUGUUGUCAUGAGUCAUGAGAUUGUCAAUGAUGGUCCUCCAGUACGGUAAACAGGCGGCUGUCAUCUGGAAGAAUGCGGGAUCUAGGAGAAGAUCGAGAACAUCUUUUCUCCAGGCUUUUCUCGUGUACUGAUAACCGGAUAGAGAACUAAGAAGUUGAGAGCACGCGAUGAAGGAGGAUAUGUUUUUAAUGGUGUGAUUCUUCAGAUAAGGGGUUACAUUGUACAUCAAAUUGGUCAGCAACGUCACCACACGCUCCUUCUCCUGCGAUCCGUAACUCACGUCGAGAAGAGGAGCUAGAAUUUCAGCUAGAACCCCUUGUGCUUGGACACUGAAGGCGGAAUUCGGUGGAGUUCCAGGUACAGUACUGCCCUCAGAGUUUCCGUCAUCAUGUACAUCCUCUCGGACAGCGAGGUUUCGUCGCAACCAGGUUGUCUGUUCCAGACAAGCCCCAGCUAUCUGCGAGCAAGAUUCCACAAGUUUAGCUGAUAUGUCCUGCAGCUCUCUAAUGUCCUUCUUCUCAUGCAUCGGUGGACAUUUCUGAAUGUACUCAUUCAAAAUGGCUAGGAGGAGAAAUUGGGCAGGUGCAGUCAGGGAUAAACCGUCCUUGAGAAGCCCAAGGAGAGACCCCCAGGACUCUGACAAUGACUGAUUGGAAUUACUCUGCAUGUAGACGUACAGGAGUUCGAGGACAGAAACCUCUAGGGAGAAGUCUUGCUUAACACCGUGGAUUGGAGGCUGUGUUUUUAUCACUUGAUUGACAGUCUGGACUAGAGUGUCAAUCGGCAUGACUCUAAUGGCGCUGACAAGGUCCACCAUGACUUGUUGAUUGGGACAGGCUUCAGGGAGAACUCUCUUACCAUUGGAACUCGGUCCCCUCCUCUCGUGCCAAGCGACAGCGAUAGCUGCGAGAAAGUUGCCACCGUGGUGAAAGGAGAUUGGGGAUAGGAGUUCCAGUAACUGAUGCUUGACCACCCUAGGACUACCUACGACACAGCUAGCCUGUUCGUUGUCUUUAGUUGCCAGGACUGCCUGCCACAGGGCAGCCAAUGAUGCGAUUAUCCUGGGAAGAUGACUAAGAGCUGUUCUUCUUGCGUGCAAGUGCUGCUCACUCGGUUUGUCCUUUGAAUUGGAAUCGUUGCCGAGUGGAGUUGGUGUGAAUACGUGGAUGAGGUUGUUGAAUAUCUGGCUGGGAUUGGCACCAGGUACGCCAGCUUGAAGAGCACCACUGAAGGGUGGAUUGAAGGAGAAGCUUAUUUGUUGGGAACUGUCGAGAAGGCAGUAUUGCAAGAGGAAGGUCAGAGCCUCAAGAUGUGUUACUGUGUAGUCCGCUGGUAGACAACACUCAACCGAACUCAGAUCACUCAGUUUACCCCCUGGAAUGCCCUCCUGAGGAACGUAGUAGGACGCUAGAUGCUCAAUAUUGCAGCACAACUGAUGAAUUACUGAUGUUACAACUUGAGUCAGAGAUGCUCCCAUGUAGGGAAGACUGGAGGUAACUGAAUUGGUCCAGUGCUGGUGGAGAUGCCUCAUGUGAUCUAGCUGCAAGGCACUCAGGAUGCUGGCGAGAAACAUCGGUUGUUGGGGAAUAGGAGCUCCUGGAACGUACUCUAAUGCACUCCCGGAUAAAUUUGGGACUGAUUUAGUCGGGGUUGAGGGGGCCUGCGGUGUUUGGGAUACAUCGUCUCCCUUCUGCGCUGUGCACUGGUGCUCCAGCAUUGUCAGACUCAGGACUAGUCUCAACAGCUGAAUCUGAAAGGCUUCUGUGUGAUCAGAACUUCGGAAUUUACACUUGUUGAUGUCUGUCUCUGAGACAGGAUCAUUGAACAUGACGAUCUCCUCGGUGAAGGUGAAGAGCUCAUCAUUCUCCUUCUGGGUGUUCUUCAUGUUAAGGACGGAGGAGACUAGGCAGUGCAGGGCUAUCUUUUGGACCUUGCAUUUUGUCAGGAGAUCGAUUAUGUAACAGCUGAAACCUUUCCCCGAUUCUCGGACGAUUGAUAUCAACUCGGAGAAUAUCAAUGUCAAGAGUUCAGCACUUGCAAGUUGCACCUGACGAUUUCCCGCUAUUUCUUCCUGAGUGAGUCGCAUCUGUCCAAGAUUAGGGUAGUAACUUCGUAUUAGAUAAAGACAGACAAUUAUCAGGACCUCCAGGUACAUUGAGCUUCGGUAAGACGCGAGGAACUUUGUACUUGCCACAUCUCCGUAGAAUCCCCUACCUAGUACACUCUUCCUGUGUCGCGCCAAGAGAUUCAGCAAGGGUGUUGCUUUUGAAGCAUUAGAUAUGCCUGUCGUUGCAGAUGCGAAGAGAAACAUUCGGGUGUUGGUCACCAAUUCACUUCGCAAUGUUCUCAAAGCAUAGAGGGUCCUCGUUGAGUCGUAUACGCCACAGUAAAGAAGCAUGUGGGAGUGAAGAUUGUGAACACCAACACCAGACGCACGGCGGAGUCCAUUGUCCAGUUGAACGGAUUCGUCGGAGGCUUUCGUCGGCUCCACAUACUCACACAUCUCCAAGACUUUGUCUACCACUUCAUUGAGGACCUCCUCGACAACACUUAUGCCACUGGAGUUGGAGAAAUAUUCCUCAGCAGUGGUGCUGAGGUCAAGUUCACCGUCCUCAUCGCCCAUCGUCCAACUGGGGACACCUAUGUUGUUUUCAUAUGUCGAGAGCGAGUCGUGGAGAUCGUAAUUCGUUGAGAAUUCAUUUGUACUCAAGUAUUUUCCCUUGAGAAGGGUUCCAGCCACCUCUCUCGCACUUCCUGAGAGAAUAGCUAGGGGUUCUUUUUUGGAUUUUUGUUUGCCACUAUCGACACUAUUCGAUUCCAAACUAUUUGAUAUCGAAUCUAAGGAUGAUCCUAGCUCCUUUGAAACUUUCUUCAGAUUUGUCUUAUCUCGCCCUUUGGCGGUGGAACCCGCUGUCUCAAAGAGGCUAUCGUCGAAACUACCUGAGGAUCUGUUCUCCAGGGGUUUUCGGAAUCUCGUGGCGUUCUUGAAGAGCUCCACUGGAAUCGCCGAUUUUUUAGUCUCCUCGUCGUUGAGGGAGUCAAGAGAAUUUGUAUUGCAGUUGACUGAUAAGGGAUUCACGAAAACUGAGAUGUUUUUAUUCUCGGAGAUGCUUGGUGGCACUUCCAACUCCUUCAUGAACUGAUUUCUCUCUGUUACGUACUGAUUUCCCUUGUCUGUAUUUGCUAGAGUCGUCACGGCAAAUAUUCUCUUGACUUUCACUGGGUUUAUAGCCUUCUUCUUCUUCCUUCUCUUCGUUUUUUUGUCGUCCUCGUUGGAGUCUGACACGUGAUAGAUGACGUUACCAUCAACUGAACUUAUGGCGUAGAUUUUCGCAGCCCCUUCAGAAUCGUCCUGCACCUCUGAUUUCUCCUCAACGUCGUUCUUCGUGAAGACAGUAUUGCUGUGUUGAAUGCUGACGUGAAGGACACUCAUCCGGGAGGUGGAGGGAUCCAGGAGCAUCAUGAGGACUGGAUCAACGACCCUGGCAAUAUCCCCACGGACGAGGGAGUGCAGCAGCCAAGACUGGGCGUGAAGUUUGAGGGGAGAAUUGUCGGACAAUUGAAGGUUAUCCAGCAUCUUCAGGAGGCUUUUGUCGAAGCUCUUCGAGGAUCUCCUCAGUCUGGAGGUGAUCUCGAUUUCUCGUCCCAGGUGCCACAGUGUGGAGAAUCUUUUGAACGCUUCUAUCUUCCUCUCUUGACUGUUGAAUGUCAGGGCAGAACCAAUGACAUCCUCAACAGCAUCACAGGUCUGGUGAAUGGAAUUGUGGAGCUCGUGGAGGAGCUCGACGCAUCUCAAACGAUAUUUGUGAGCUGGCAGCUCACCCAGAUGAUGCCAGAGGGAGGUAGCCAGUGCCUGGAAAACAUUCGUGUAGUCAAUCAGAUAAGAAAUGUGCCAUUUCUUGAGAAGUGGAACCAUUAUAACUGUGGUAACACCUUCUCCUGAUGUCGAGGGAGAGGACAGAUCACUCUGGGCUGCCGACAGCGCUAUCAGGUCCAGCAGUGUCGAUAUACUGAUCAGUUGAAGAGAAGGCUGUUUUCCAAGCCAACAAGCACACACAAUAAGCACCUGUAGCCAUCCUGGGAGGCUCUGAAUAUUGAUGGGCUCUUCUUCCUGAAGAACAUCUCCAGGCUCAUAGUACGUUGGAAAGGUUGAUAACUCCACUAACAACGAAGAGGAGACCCUCAGGAUGUCCUCCCAGCUGUCUUGGUCCACCGAUACCAAAUGAUAGUUGUAUUUUGGUUCUUCCUCAAGAUCUACUGGGGAUAAAUCCUUGUAGAUAAUUUCGUCGUCUUCAUGAACGAGCCUCGAUGAUAGGAUCCUCUCCAGAUGUCGUGAACGCUCGUCGUAGUCCUUUGGAGUAGAAACUACCAACUCCUCGAACAUUUCGGAGACCUUACGCUCAUGUCCAAGAAUUCUCUCGCUGAUGAGUUUAACGUAAAAUUGUUCAAAAAUCUUGAGACAUUUUUCCAGCAUCGAGUGCUGAGCGUGGAGACCUGGGGAUGGAGACCUCGUGAUGGAGGUGUCCAUAUCAUUUGGCUUUACUUCUUCGUAACUAAUCGACGAAUCGUCCACAGCUUUUAAUUUAGAUUCGUCAGUUAUGAUCACAGAUAUAUUUGUCACGUCCUCUGGUCCCAUUUCACUAAGUUUCGAGACACUUUUACUUGACUUUUUACGAGAUUUCUUUUCGCGUUUUGGGGCACCACCAGAGUUCGCUCGUCGACGAGGGCUCGGGGUGCGUUCAGGGAAAGAUGGAGUCUUUUGUUUAUUUAAUUUUGAGUCUGAUUGACUCUUCUCCAGGGGAAUAGUGGUUAAGGCGUCCUGGGUGGUCUGGCACUCCUGCUUCGUUUCAUCUUGUUUCUCUGAUUGUGGAACUGUUAUGAUUGGUUGUACUUUAGACAAAAUCUUUCUACACAGGGAGAGACUUCUACCUAUCUCCUGUGGCGUGAACACGUGUAAUUUUGACGACAAUUUAUUUAUUAUCCCGUGAAACAUCUCUGGAAGGUGUUCAGAAGGGGUGUCUAUGAAUGCAUCCACCGAAACUGUCUCCAAUAAAAAUUCAGUCAAAUGACAUACCUCCAGGAGUCCAGGCAUACCUGAAGCCACUGGCUUUACUCCAUCACCUUCAGGGACUUGUGAUUCUUUUUCUUUUGCAUCACAAGCCUGAUCGAAGAGGUAGCCACAGUGCACCCAGACAUACGAAGGCUCCAGUGUCGAGAACAAUAGAUUCGCAGACUUCACGACUUCGUGAGACUUCAGGGGUUUCGCCAACGAUUGAGAGCACGCGUUAUAGAAGGUCCUGAAGACCUCGUAGAGGAUGUCAUCGAGAAUCACAGGGCCAAUGUCAGGCUUGUCCAGAAGGGACACGAGAAUUCUGUAGGGCUUCAAGUCCAGGGGGUGAUCCUCACAGACGUGUUUCAAGGUGUUUUUAAUCGCCUCGAUUAACAUCUCCUUUGAGAAGGUGUCGAAGUACGAAGCCGCUGAUGCUGCCUCCUCGGGUUCCAGCUUCUUCUUGAGGAUUGAAUUGCUGACUUCAGUUCCCAACAACCAGGCAAACAAUCUUCGAUUCAGGCUCAUAUCUCUUCUCAGGAUUGUCGUGAGGGCUGAUGUCAGAAGGGUCACCAUAUCGUGGUGAUUGAGCUGACUAUUGUGGACGGGAAAACCAAUCAGGAGAAGGUCUAGGGCACUACGCUGAACUAGGACUGAACUGUCUUGAACACCUGCACACAGAGCUGACACCAUUAUGUCGGAGUUUGUUCCCAUUAUGAAGAGUUGCCCUUCCAUGGGGAGUUUCUUGUUGAAGUGCGAGAGGACGAAGGAAAUGGCUGGCAGGCGAAUCCCUGAGUUGGACGCCAGACAGUCCCAGAGGCAGGCGUAAAAAUGCCGGGGACCGACUCCUUCACAGACCUUUUCCAGGAGAGAGUUGGUUCGAUCGAAGUGGUCGGAACCUUCCUCCAGUCCUGGAAGGACACCUGAGAGAAAACCAGAGAGUCCUGGACGAAGACGUUCCCCCAGAGGAACAAAAUGUGUUUCAUAAACAGUGAGUAGAGUUGGACGAACGUUCAUAGCAGCAUGACCCAGAAGAGGAAAGAGUCCUGCACUGUAGAUGAAGAGCUCAUGAGAGAGACGAUUUGUUCCCAUACAUUUAAAAAUUACAUCGUACGUCUCCAGGGCUUUCAGAUGGACUCCCGAAGGGAGGGCUGGAUGCAUGCACUGCGCCAGGCGUUUUGAAAUCUUUAUUCGGCGAGGAAUCACUGGGAAUUUUAAAUUACUCAAGAGGACUUUGUUCAGUUUUCCCAGGGCCGAUAUGAGGUCCGCCCAUUCACUCGUGUACUCGAAGUUCUUCAGGGCUUUGUCUACUGAUGAUACGUAACUGCAAGGAAUUUAGCCGAUGAAUGACGGGGCUCAAAGGGGACGAGGGAACGUGGGGAUCUCCACGGAGAAAAUGAUAGUUUAAAAGAAUUUUUUUUUCAAACCGUAUUAAAUGGAAAAUUAAUUAAACAAAUCACUUGUUUAAUUUAUUUUUAUCUCGAUAAUAGAGUUGAUUAGAAAGUUUUGUAGAUAAACUAUCUGAGACUUCCUGGUAGACUUCCUCAUUAUAGAGAUAUUCUUGUGCUUGAAUAGAUGAGGAAAAUUAAUUUUUUUUACGUUUUCCGCAAUUUAUUGGAUCUUUGUUUUGAUUAUUUUUUUUUUAUACUUACACUCGAUAUUUCGAGUCCUUCAUUAACUCAUACUCCUCCAAUGCUAUCGACCCCAUCCUUCCACUUUUUUCCUUCAAAUUUGAGGGCUCUGGAUGAUUUUGAUCUCAAAUAACGUUUUUUAACAUUGAAAACCACAAGUUUCCGGAAUUACUCGGUGAGGCAUCUGGUUCUGACGUUCUAUCACUUUGGAAGAUCAUGAAAUAUAAAUUUAUACCAUUGCAACACAUGAAAAUAUUGCUAAUUACCAGGAGAUUUUUUUUUAUUCACAAAAAGACAUUUUUUAAUUGAAUUGAAGCAUCUAAGUCAUUCAGAAUUGUCGAAAAAUCUUGGGAACCAUUGACUAUAUCGAAAAAUAACACAAUAUUGUUACUACGCAGAAUCAAAUUUGCCACAAAAAUUCUUUCUGACGUUUUCCCCUAAAUCCACGUGGGGCUGAGGUAAUUCACCCCUAAAAUAUUGACAUGAGCAUGUCAAAAAUGACGUUUCAGUCCGGAACAAUUCCAAUAUUUUUCCUCGACGAAAAUCCCCCACAAAUGCACUAUUAACCUCAACUUAUAACUCUGAACUCAUCCAUGAGAUCUAAAUCUUCACCAAAUGAAGAAAGACACUCCAAGUUCACUGGUCAAAGACAACAGAUAAGAAUUUACUAAUCUACGUAUCACUCGCUAAAUAACCAACUGAAUAUCCUCCGUGAAUAAUCAUUCAGAUAUCUCCAUUGUACAAUCACAAUUCUAUCCGAAAUAUUGUCUCCAGAUAUGAGUCAACCAAGAUAAACCCUACGUCAAUGACAUACUCACUUGGGAUAAACAUUAAAUCUCAUUUAUUUGAUAUAAUUAAUGAUAUACUGCACCUGACAGAGAUGAGUAGCAUCGUUGCACAGUGUUAAUCAAUCACUAAGGUCAAACGAUUCACCACGAGACCGACAACAUAUUUUAUCAUUAGGUUUUUCCUCAGCUGGUUUCUCAGGUUUUAUGUAUAACGAAGUAUAUUAUGUACUUGAUAUUUACAAUUGUUAUAUCGGAGUGGAACUAACGACGUGUCUUAACGAGAGGGUUUGGUUGGGUUUAUUAGAGUUGUGAGCCGAUGGAAGAUGUCACUGGGAGGAAAUUCUUGUGGGAAAUUUAAUGUUUUUUAAAUAGGAAAUGAGUUUUAACAUUUUGUUUAUCUUUUUUAUAAACAUCUGAAUUUUUUAAUGACUUUUUUUAAUUGAAUGACCCGAAAAAUAGACGAAUAGUGUUGGGGAGUAAUGAGGUAUUAAUUUUCCAAAUCACAUAUUCCAAAAAGUAAAUGAAUUUUAUUGUUUACAAAAGUAUUAAAUUUGCUUUUCAAUAUAUUGAUUAAUAGUACACAGUAAAAUAAUGUUUGAAAAUUUCAGAAAAUCGUUGAUUGUCAGUCUGUAAAUGUUUAUUAAUCAUUGAAAUUAACUUAUUUUAUCUUUUUCGUAUAAAUGACAUUGAAAAUUUUUUAUAAUUCUUCUACAAAUCUUUUUAGUCGUCUUGUGAUAGAAUAGAAAUAUUGCACCUGUGACAUCCUAUCGAUUUUCGAACGUCUACCUCGGUUUACAAUUAAUUAUUAAAAUUAAGUUAUUUUUCCUCGCUGUCCGGUGAAUGAAAUUAAAAGUGUAUCCCUCACAUUACUCCUAUAAGCUAAAUUCCCUGAGGUUUUUAUUUCUGAAUUAGAAAAUUGUCCACAAAAAAAUAUUUCUAUAUAUACCCGUUUCACAUACUUAUAAAUUUUUUCAUCUCGUCAAUUUGUAAAUACUACAUGAACAAUGACAAACAUACGAAGACUCUCCAUUAAAAAACGACAUAACUAAACAAAAAUACGAUUAAUUCUCCGAUUGAAAUUCAAAACAUUAAACUAAAUCGUCAUUAGCUGCAUCAAAUGCUCAUGUCCAUAUUUCUUAAAGCAGUCGAGACACAUCUUGUUUUUUUUCUUUUGACAAACGUAGCAAUGAUACACGGAACGUUCAAAAAUAGUAACAUUACACUUGUAACAUAAUGUUGGCGGAUUCAAUCGUUUACUUCUCCGCGAUUUCAAUGAUUCCUCAGGACUAACGUGUCGUUGUGUAUUAUUUUUUUGUCGUCUGCUCCUCCUCAAGGAAGUACCAGGAGCAUCAUCAUCUCCCAUAGCACAAUUUUGUGAUGAAGAUGUGCUGGCAGUUUCAUUAUCAGAUAUUUCAAGAGACUCAGCCGUCCGCUUUGUUCUCCCUUGUUUUUCAUUAGCGAGUUUGAUUCUUUUGCUUUGCCUUCGUGGCAUAUAGGUGUCAUCUGACCCUUCAGCAUCCUCUGAAGACUCCAUGUCUGUCGUGGAAUGGUAGGUGCCCGACUUAUGGGAAGGAGUUGUGUCGUUAGUGGAAUCAUCCGCAGGGGGUGGAUCAGACG